AUGUCCCCUCUGUGCUCACUGCUGCUGGCUGUGGCCCUGGCGGCCGUCCCCGGCGUCCGAGGCAACUGCCCGGAGCCCGCCAGCCUCAAGAAACCCGACGGGACGCGCACGUGCGCCAAGCUCUACGAAAAGAGCGACCCCUACUACGAAAACUGCUGCGGCGGCGCCGAGCUGUCGGUGGAGCCGGGCACCGACCUGCCCUACCUGCCCUCUGGCUGGAACAACGCCAUCUCGUCCGCCGUGGUGGCCCCGCGCUGCGAGCUCGUCGUGUGGUCCUCUCGCGGCAAGGGCGGCAAGACGCGCAAAUUCUCCUCCGGCACCUACCCGCGCCUGGAAGAGUACCGCCUCGGCAUCUUCGGGGACUGGUCCAACUCCAUCUCCGCGCUCUACUGCAGGUGCCUGCCCGCUGGCCCGCGCGCCUAG